AUGGCUUCGUCCGAGGAAGAGGUGACAACCGUGUCGACUAACCCUGAAGAUGACUGCCUCAGUGUCCGAAAAUGGUGGUGCUUCCUGCUCUCUUCGAUCUUCACGUUCCUCGCGGGGCUCCUGGUGGUGCUGGUAUGUCGGGCUUGCGCGUUCGUCUGCUGCCGGAAGGAGCCGGAGCUCGCGCCCAACGACCCGAAGCAGAAGGAGCAGAAGGCGGCGCGCCAGAACAAACAGGAGUUCGAGGGAACCUUCAUGACCGAGGCGAAGGAUUGGGCCGGCGAACUCAUCUCCGGUCAGACCACCACAGGACGAAUACUGGUAGUGUUGGUGUUCAUUCUGAGUAUAGCAUCGCUGAUCAUCUACUUCAUUGACGCGUCCAGUGAGGAGGUGGAGCGGUGCCAGAAAUGGAGUGACAAUAUUACUCAGCAGAUCGACCUUGCCUUUAACAUAUUUUUUAUGGUCUACUUUUUUAUACGAUUUAUAGCAGCUAGUGACAAACUAUGGUUCAUGCUCGAGAUGUAUUCAUUUGUAGAUUAUUUCACAAUACCCCCCUCCUUUGUAUCGAUAUACCUGGAUAGAACGUGGAUAGGGCUGAGGUUCCUCCGAGCUCUGCGCUUAAUGACCGUGCCUGAUAUUUUGCAGUACCUCAAUAUAUUAAAGACAUCGAGCUCAAUUCGGCUGGCCCAAUUAGUAUCUAUAUUUAUAUCGGUGUGGUUGACCGCAGCCGGUAUCAUUCAUUUGCUGGAAAACUCAGGCGACCCGCUGGAGUUUGACAAUGCGCAGUCGCUAUCAUAUUGGACUUGCGUGUACUUUCUCAUAGUCACCAUGUCCACAGUAGGUUACGGUGACGUGUUCUGUCACACUGUUCUCGGCAGAACAUUUUUGGUUUUUUUUCUCCUCGUCGGCUUGGCGAUAUUUGCCAGUUGUAUCCCAGAGAUAAUUGACUUAAUCGGCACUAGACCCAAGUAUGGCGGCACCCUCAAGAAUGAGCGGGGACGCAGGCAUAUAGUUGUAUGUGGACACAUAACAUACGAAUCAGUAAGCCAUUUUUUAAAAGACUUCCUACAUGAAGACAGAGAGGAUGUGGAUGUUGAGGUUGUUUUUUUACAUAGGAAACCGCCCGAUCUGGAGCUCGAAGGCCUGUUCAAGAGACACUUUACCACUGUGGAAUUCUUUCAAGGCACCAUUAUGAAUCCAAUCGACCUACAGAGGGUAAAAGUGCAUGAAGCGGAUGCGUGCUUAGUUCUAGCAAACAAAUACUGCCAGGAUCCGGAUGCGGAGGACGCCGCCAAUAUAAUGAGAGUCAUUUCGAUCAAAAAUUAUUCAGACGACAUCAGAGUAAUUAUUCAACUUAUGCAGUAUCACAACAAGGCCUACCUUUUGAACAUUCCUUCAUGGGACUGGAAACAAGGCGACGAUGUCAUUUGUUUAGCGGAAUUAAAACUAGGAUUCAUCGCACAGAGUUGUCUCGCACCUGGUUUCUCUACAAUGAUGGCCAAUCUAUUCGCUAUGAGGAGUUUUAAAACGUCCCCCGACACACAAGCUUGGCAGAACGAUUACCUGCAGGGCACGGGCUGUGAGAUGUACACAGAGACACUGUCGACCUCCUUCACAGGGAUGAGCUUCCCGCAAGCGAGCGAGUUAUGUUUCACGAAAUUGAAACUUCUCCUCUUGGCAAUCGAGAUUAAAGGGGAAGAGGGUGCAGACAGCAAGAUUUCAAUCAAUCCACGCAACGCCAAGAUCCACGCCAACACGCAAGGGUUUUUCAUUGCGCAAUCUGCUGAUGAAGUUAAAAGAGCGUGGUAUUAUUGCAAGGCAUGCCACGAAGAUAUUAAAGAUGAAACACUCAUCAAGAAGUGCAAAUGCAAAAACUAUGUCGGAAUGAUGAUGAUGCAGUCCGGAAUGGUGAAACAAAACCUUAAUACAUAUCGAGAUUGCACCGAUGUGGCUACAUUCAGGAAAGGCGUACGAGCCGUCCAGAUGGUUGGGAGGGCAAAUGACCACCAUCCUCCCCCCACCUUCACGCCGCCAGAGUUGCCCAAGAAGGUCCAUGUUCGAGGUGAAGUAGCAAGAGAGAGAGGAGAAGAUAUUAGCUUAAUAAACCGGAACCAUCGAAGCGCGGCGACGAACACUCUGCUGUCACCGAUGGCCAACCAGUUGGUGAACACAACCACUACACGACAGGUCAACAAGGUCAAACCGAACGUCAAUAGAGCUCCCCCAGACACGAAUCCGCCAGAUCAAGAUACGAAUUACCAGGCCUAUCAUCUUGCCUACGAAGUGAAAAAGCUAAUGCCGACGAGUCGGAGUAGUGGUGGGAAUCAAAAUAGCAAUGGCGUGAGUCUACCAGCGGGUCUGGCAGACGACCAGUCGAAAGAUUUCGACUUUGAAAAGACUGAAAUGAAAUAUGACUCCACAGGGAUGUUUCAUUGGAGUCCUGCAAGGAAUUUGGAGGAUUGUAUAUUAGACAGAAAUCAAGCGGCCAUGACAGUUUUAAAUGGCCACGUGGUAGUUUGUCUGUUCGCGGAUCCUGACUCCCCGCUGAUAGGGCUAAGAAAUCUAGUGAUGCCGCUCAGAGCCUCCAAUUUCCACUAUCAUGAACUAAAGCACGUCGUCAUCGUUGGUAGCGUCGACUAUAUUAGAAGAGAAUGGAAGAUGUUGCAGAAUCUACCGAAGAUUUCUGUUUUAAAUGGUUCACCGCUAAGCCGGGCCGACCUGCGUGCAGUGAACGUGAACCUUUGCGACAUGUGCUGCAUCCUGUCAGCGAAGGUGCCGUCCAACGACGACCCGACGCUGGCCGACAAGGAGGCUAUCUUGGCUUCGUUGAACAUUAAGGCGAUGACGUUCGACGACACGAUCGGCGUGCUGAGCGCCGGCAACGGCGCGCCACCGCCCGCCGCGCCCGCGCCCGCGGCGCCCGUGCUGCUGCAGCGCCGCGGCUCCGUCUACGGCGCCAACGUGCCCAUGAUCACCGAACUGGUGAAUGACAGCAAUGUGCAAUUCCUGGAUCAGGAUGACGACGACGACCCGGACACCGAGCUGUAUCUAACACAGCCGUUUGCCUGCGGAACUGCGUUUGCUGUCAGCGUGCUCGACUCGCUUAUGUCUACUACGUACUUCAACCAGAACGCGUUGACGCUGAUCCGGUCGCUGAUCACGGGCGGCGCCACGCCCGAGCUGGAGCUGAUCCUGGCGGAGGGCGCGGGACUGCGCGGCGGCUACUCCACACCCGAGAGCUUGGCCAACAGGGACCGGUGCCGCGUGGGGCAGAUCUCGCUGUACGACGGGCCACUGGCGCAGUUCGGCGAGGCGGGCAAGUACGGCGACCUGUUCGUGGCGGCGCUGCGCACGUACGGCAUGCUGUGCAUCGGCCUCUACCGCUUCCGCGACACCUCCUCCUCGUGCGACGCCAGCAGCAAACGCUACGUCAUCACCAACCCGCCGGACGACUUCUGCCUGCUGCCCACCGACCAGGUGUUCGUGCUGAUGCAGUUCGACCCGGGCGUGGAGUACCGCGCCAGCCGCCGCGCCGGCGCCGCGCCCGCCAAGGACGACGCCUCCUGA